AUGUGUGGCAUAUUCGCGGCACACGGACACCCUGAUAUCGCCAGCUUCAAAACCACUGCCCUGCAGUGCGUCAAGUGCCUGCGGCAUCGUGGCCCUGAUUGGUCCGGCAACUGGACUGGCAACAACACUAUCCUAUGUCACGAGCGUCUCAGCAUUGUGGGCGUGGACUCGGGUGCGCAGCCCAUAACCAACAAUGAGGAAACCCUUGCUCUGGCCGUCAAUGGCGAAAUCUACAACCACAGAAUCAUUCGCAAGUCCUUGAAGCAGGCCUACGAUUUCAAAACUCGUUCCGAUUGCGAAGUCAUCAUCCCUCUUUACAAGCAAUAUGACAUCGACGCGCCCAAGCAUCUGGAUGGCAUGUUCUCGUUUGUCCUGUAUGACAAGGUGCGGGACAGGACCAUCGCCGCUCGCGAUCCGAUUGGCAUCACCUCUUUUUACCUCGGCAGGUCUAGCAAGACGCCUGGUGCGGUCUUCUUUGCUUCUGAGCUCAAGGCUCUGGCCCCAGUCUGCGACAACAUCAUUGCGUUCCCUCCCGGACACGUGUAUGAUUCAGACACAGACAAGCUCACGCGGUAUUUCGAGCCAACGUGGUGGGACGGAGACCGGGUGCCGGAGACACCACUCGACUAUAAGCUGCUCAGACGUACUUUCGAGAAGUCUGUGCUCAAGCGAUUGAUGGCUGAGGUCCCGUAUGGUGUCCUGCUCUCGGGUGGCUUAGAUUCGAGCUUGGUGGCCUCGAUUGCGCAGCGUGAAUCCCUUCGUCAGCAACGACUGGUGAAGGCGCAGGCUGACGGCCAAGCAAACGGAGUAACCAAUGGCGUCACCAACGGUGUUAACGGGCAUGCGGACGAUCAUAAAGCUGAUCUUGUGGGUAUUGACAACGAGAACGAACUCACCACGGUUACCUUGCUACCACAACUCAAUUCCUUUUCCAUAGGUCUUCCCGAUGCGCCGGAUACCAAAGCCGCGCAGGAGGUGGCCGCGUUCCUCGGAACCAAGCACCACAGCUUCACCUUUACCCUCCAAGAAGGUCUCGAUGCACUCUCGGAUGUCAUAUACCAUCUCGAAUCCUACGAUGUCACCACGAUCCGAGCCUCCACUCCGAUGUACCUAUUGAGCAGAAAAAUCAAGGCAAUGGGCGUCAAGAUGGUGUUGUCAGGUGAAGGUUCGGACGAGAUUUUUGGCGGGUACCUGUACUUCCACGCUGCCCCAGACAAGGCCGCGUUCCACAAGGAGAACGUUCGUCGUGUCAAGAACCUACACCUUUCCGACUGCUUGCGUGCCAACAAAUCAACAUCGGCGUGGGGCGUUGAGGCGAGAGUGCCGUUCCUCGACAAGGAGUUCUUGGAGGUCUCCAUGAACAUCGAUCCGAAAGAGAAGAUGAUCACUCCGGAGCGUCUCGAGAAAUACAUCCUGCGCAAGGCAUUUGAUACCACGGAUGAGCCUGAUGUCGAACCAUAUCUCCCCAAGCACAUCCUUUGGCGCCAGAAGGAACAGUUCUCUGAUGGAGUUGGCUAUGGCUGGAUCGACUGCUUGAAGGAUACUGCCGAGCAGCAAGUCACCGACGAGAUGAUGGCCAACCCCAAAGCCGAGUGGGGCGAUGAAAUCCCUGACAGCAAAGAGGCUUACUGGUAUCGGUUGAUGUUCGACCAGCACUUCCCCCAAUAUUGUGCCAGCACGGUAUCUCGAUGGACGCCGACGUGGUCCAACCAAACCGAUCCUAGUGGACGCGCCAUCGGCAUUCACGUUGCUCGAUACGACAACCCAGGAUCAUGA